UCUGACUACUUUAGUAGCUGCGUGCAACAAAUCAUGGUGUUCUUCCGGUGAUUAAGAAAAAUUUGUGCGGCCCAUUUUUUCCCCUUUUAUUCUACUGCCUUUCAGUUCUAUUCGCGGCCUCUUGAAGCGGUUACAUUGGACGUUUCCUGUUAUCUGGCUGUUUCAUGAAUAAUCAUUUCCCAGGUCGUCAAUUCUCAACGUUACUUGAUUCUGUUAAAUUAAAACCCAGUUCUUUAAAACCCUUCAAUGAUGGGAUUUCAAGGAGAAGGAAUUGGUAUCCAAUUCCAAUACCCUUCAGAACAAUCCCUGAACCCAGAGGUCAAGACCUUGACUUUGUGAAUGUUGCACAUAGCCACCUUAUUCACUCUGAUUGGGAUAAGCUCAAUGCUUUGUCUACUCACUUGACCCCAUUUAGGGUUAAGCAUAUUCUGUUGAGGAUUCAAAAGGACCAUGUUCUUUCUCUUGAGUUCUUCAAUUGGGUUCAAACUCAGAACCCCACUUCACAUUCCCUUGAAACUCGUUCAAUGAUUCUUCACAUUCUCACCAGAAACCAGAAAUUUAAAUCCGCAGAAUCUGUCUUGAGGACUAUUAUUGCGUCUGGUUCAUUGGAAUUGCCAGCUAAGUUGUUUGAUUCGAUUCUGUAUUCUUAUCGAAUAUGUGAUUCUUCUCCUCGUGUAUUUGAUUUAUUGUUCAAGACUUAUGCACACACAAAGAAGUUUAGGAAUGCUACAGUUGCUUUUUGUCGAAUGAAGGAUUAUGGGUUUUUCCCUACUGUUAAGUCUUGUAAUGCAUAUUUGAGCUCGUUGCUUAAUUUACAUAGAGAGGAUAUUGCUUUGGGAUUCUACAGAGAGAUGCAGCGUUGCAGGAUAUCUCCCAAUAUAUACACUUUCAAUAUGGUUAUUGAUGCAUUUUGCAAGUCAGGAAAACUUGAGAAGGCUGUGGAGGUGUUGAGAGAAAUGGAGAGUGUUGGUUUUAGUCCUACCAUUGCAUCUUACAAUACGUUGAUUAGAGGGCAUGCUGACAAGGGUCUAAUGAGCUUGGCUAUGAAGCUUAGAAACUCAAUGGGGAAGGAUGGUGUGCUUCCAAAUGUGGUUACUUAUAACACCCUUAUAAAUGGUUUUUGUAAGGAUGAUAAAUUACAUGAAGCAAACAAGGUUUUCAUUGAGAUGAAAGCCCUGAAGGUGGCUCCAACUGUUGUAACUUACAAUACUCUGAUAAAUGGGUACAGCCAAGCAGGUAAUAGUGAGAUGGGCAACAGGCUUUUUGAGGAGAUGUCAAAGAAUGGAGUUAAGGCUGAUAUACUGACUUACAAUGCAUUGAUACUGGGACUAUGCAAAGAGGGUAAGACAAAGAAGGCAGCUUAUCUGGUUAAAGAACUUGAUAAGGAGAACUUAGGUCCGAAUGCUUCAACAUUUUCUGCCCUUAUUAGUGGGCAGUGUGUCAGGAAGAACUCUGACCGUGCAUUCCAGAUUUACAAGAGUAUGGUCAGGAGUGGUUUCCAUCCAAAUGAACAUAUUUUUAAUAUGUUGAUUUCUACCUUUUGCAAGAAUGAGGAUUUUGAUGGAGCAGUGCAGGUAUUGAAUGAUAUGAUUGAUAGAUCAGUGGUUCCUGAUUCAGGUACUUUAUCUGAGCUCCACAAUGGACUUUGCCAAUGUGGUAAAGAUCAAUUGGCAAUGAUCCUAUGCAAAAAGCUGGAAGAUAGACACCUGAUGCCAGAUGCAUUUGAUAAAUCUAAAACUAUCAGAUUCAGACCAGAAAAGGAGGGCAAGACAUUUUGAUACAACUUGUAGAAUUCCAUAUGCUCUGACGCUCAGGCUAUUACAAUGCUUUUCUUCAUGUCAAAAUUUCUGCUUUGAUCCUAUAUCUGGAAGCUUCCACUGACAGUGGUAUGGCAAUUGAGCAAGCAGUAGUUUAAUAUUUGGGAUAAGGGAAAAUUUGCAUGAAUGCAUCCUCCUAUCAUCUCCAAGUGGAAACUAUUCAGAUUUUGCUAUGGAAGAAUCAAGUGACUGACCUCGUUGAAACCAAUCAGCAUUGAUCCAUUGCCUGAGCUUGUCAUCAACAACCCCUUUGAGUGUUUUGCGAACUCUUUAUAUCUGGCAUUGCUGUUCUAAUGGAUGAAGAAAUUUGAGCAAAGGUAGCUUCUCUAUUUCUGGGCAGCCUAAGGACUACAUUUUUACAUCUGACCUCUUCCUGGCUCUGCAUGAGCUUAAAAAUUCAUAUAUUUGAUGGAAAAUUGUACCUUUUAUUGUUCAACCUGCAGGUGGGGGUUCAAUGUUGUUCUGUGUCAAUGGUCAGAUGAACUGUUAUUUUGUCUGAUUUAAAGACUAUCUGUAAGUAUAUCUAAGGAUGGCUUUAACAGUGCUAAAAUCAAAGAAAGUAAUAAAAUAACAAGCAAACGAGUGUAUUUAUAUAGUA